AUGUUAGCCGCAGCUAAAUAUUUAGGAGCUGGAUUAGCUUGCUCUGGUUUAAUCGGAGCAGGAGCAGGAAUAGGUUUAAUCUUUUCUGCACUUAUCGCUUCAACUGCUAGAAACCCUCAAAUAAAAGGACAAUUAUUCAGUUAUGCUAUUUUAGGAUUUGCUUUAGCAGAAGCUACUGGAUUAUUUUCAUUGAUGAUUUGUUUCUUAUUAUUAUAUUCAUAA